AUGGCUACAUCCUUAGCUUGCUUCGUUCUCUUAGCUCUCAUUGUUAGCUGCGCUCUCGGUCAAGCACCAAGCUCCGCCCCAACCAGAUCGCCGCCGUCUUCUUCUCCGACUCCAGCUCCCAAGGUUUCUCCAACCACCUCUCCCACAGCUACACCAACCGCUUCGCCGCCUUCAACCGUCACCCCUCCAACUUCAGCCCCUGAAUCUUCUCCAACUUCCUCUCCCCCGGCUCCUCCCACGGCUCCUGCUGGUUCUCCCGCCGCUGGUGGUCCUACUAGCGCUGUCACUCCAUCGUCCAUCAGUAAUACACCAGCAGCGUCUCCGAAUUCUCCUAAUGCCGCCGAUUUGAACAGUGUUACCGUAGCUGGAUCCGCCGUUGUAGCGGUUGUUGCAGCCGCUGCUUUGUUCGUUUAG